AUCCUCGAAUAAAAUGUCUACUAGCGAUGGCAAUAGUGGUAAUGAUUUUACUUCGACCAUGGGAGCCCGGAAAGUAUCAAGGGCGCCCAAAUCUCGAGUGGAGUCAAAUAGACAGCAGUCCUAUAGUAGCUAUAGGAGCACGGUCCUGUCCCUUCCUGAUGGGCUUGGGUCAAGUGGCAUUGGGCAGCCUGCCUCGUCCUCCUCUGGCUUGGGACCAGCCCCAAGGUCUGUUGUAGAAUGGAAUACUGAGGACGUCGUGAAGUGGUUGACUAGAGUGGUCCACAUGGGCCAAUACG